AUGGACAAACUCGGUAACAGUAUGGACAAACUCGGUAACAGUAUGGACAAACUCGGUAACAGUGUGGACAAACUCGGUAACAGUAUGGACAAACUCGGUAACAGUAUGGACAAACUCGGUAACAGUAUGGACAAAGUCGGUAACAGUAUGGACAAACUCGGUAACAGUAUGGACAAACUCGGUAACAGUGUGGACAAACUCGGUAACAGUGUGGACAAACUCGAUGACACAUGCCUGUCUCUUCUGAGGUCAUGUACGUCGUUUUUUGGAAGUGUCGUUGCCACCGUCAGUGUCGUCGUAUGGUACUACCGCCGUAACAAGUACACUGUUCCCGAACUUCAUUGCCUGGACUCCGACCUUCAUCGACACAUCUUCAAAACCAAACCUGGGUUUACCUCCCCUUACCGGCCGCCAUUUUGGCUACAGAACAACCAUCUUCAUACGAUUAUAGCAACGUUGGUGCCGAAAACCAAAGUGACUUUCAAGCGCGAGUACGUGGAUCUAGAUGACGGAGGUGUGGUUGCCUUGGACUGGGCACAGGGUGGCUCUAAACCUGUUUCUGACACAAGCCCCAUCCUCAUUGUAUUGCCUGGAUUGACGGCCAGCGCGAAAGAUAAUGGAGAACUUUGCAACAUGGCGUUAAAGAGAGGUUACCGAGUUGUGGUUUUCAAUAAGCGUGGACACGGGGAUUCAGUACUAGCGACACCGAAACUGCAAGGGUUUGGCGAUGCGAAGGACAUGAGACACUGUGUGGAGUAUUUACGGGACAAGAAUCCCGCAGCAAAACUUGUGGGUAUAGGCUCAAGUGCAGGGUCGGGCCUCCUUGCUUCCUAUAUGGGUGAAUACGGAGCUGACGCCAUCCUGGUGACCGGUGUAUGUAUAUGCCCAGGAUACGACGCCUUGGAGCUCUUUACCAAGCGGAUGAAUUUUCUUUACGAAUUUCUUCUGCUUUCAUCCUUGAAGAAGAUCUUGAAGAAACAUGCCAAGGUGUUAUCGCCAUUGCUUGAUCUUGGUGCGGCGUACAAGGCAACACGUUUCAUGGAUUUCGACACCCAAGUCUAUUGCAAGUUCUACGGGUAUAAAGACAUUAUUGAGUACUGGAAACAUAACAAUCCAAUGAGAAAUAUCCUCAAUGUAAAGGUGCCCUUUUUGUGCAUAAAUAGCAUGGACGAUCCCAUUUGUGCAGCCUGGAAUAUACCAUUUAACAUGUUUAAGGAAACUUCGGAUAGGUUGCUGGUCACGACGACCAAGGGAGGCCACUGCGGAUUCCUUGAAGAAUCCACACUGACGUCUUGGUCCGACCGACUGGCUCUUGAUUACAUCGACGCUGUGCUGGAGUUCAAUACGGCUGCCAAAUGA